AAAAAAACAGUAGUACGCCAUACGCUACGCUUGCAUCCUUCUGCGCAGACUCACGCGCGCACCGGAAGAAUCAGGACUCUCGUCCACUGAGGAUCUUAAACUCUCCUUAAAAAGCUCUUAGGAGCUCAUCACCACCAGUAAAGCUGUAUAAGCACCGGGUUGACGGGACCGAAGGAAGUGGCGCGUCUUACGGGGAGCUGCCUACUGACAUCGCCAUGAGUUACAAACCCAUCGCCCCCGCGCCAUCCGGCUCCAACCACACUCCCCCAGGCUCUUCUGUGCCCUCCCCGUCUCUCCCCUCAUCGUCCAACUUUAGGCCAGCUUUCAGUGACUUUGGCCCGCCCUCCAUGGGCUUUGUUCAGCCUGUCAAAGUGUCACAAGGCUCCACCUACAGUGAGCUCCUGUCCGUCAUCGAGGAGAUGAGCCGUGAGAUCAGGCCCACAUAUGCUGGGAGCAAAAGCGCUAUGGAGAGGCUAAAGAGAGGAAUAAUCCAUGCCCGUGCACUGGUAAGGGAGUGUCUUGCAGAGACGGAAAGAAGCGCCCGCACAUAACCCUUGGAAAGAUCCCUUCAUCCCUCACUCUCUCCCUGUAGAAGCCUGCCCUCGCCUUCAUCAGUUUGAAAAGUUUUGUUUUUUUAUCCUCCCCUUUUGCGCUUUUCCUUCUGGCUUUUUAUAGGUGCAGAAUGUCCCUAUGUGCUCCUGUGCAUCCCAACACACCCGUUUCUGUUAAUGACGAUUUUUCCGUGAUAUGUGAGGUUUAUGUAACAUGCAGUUUUGUAUCUAUUUUGAAAUAAGAGUGCAGGGGAUUUAAACACAUUUUUAAGUAGAAUUGUGGUAAAAAACCUUGGAUGGGAAUGUUUAUAGAAAAUUUGUUCAGUAAAUUGCAGUUGAUCAAGAAAAUUUGGCUUUUCUUAAAGGUUUACCAUUUAAAAAAAUCAAUGUUCAACUGCUCGUGUCCUCAAAGUUUCUAUUCUGAACACCACUCUGCAACCACUUGAUAUUUUCCUUGAACAUAGCUUUGUUUUCAUCAUAUUUUGUAGUGUAAACACACAAUAGAAGUUUCACAAUCCCAAUAACUCUGUACAUCUCAAGUCAAUUUGUUAGUACAGAAAUUUUGUAAACCAGAUUUUUGCAGUUCAGUAUGUAUAUCUUAAUUAAAUAACAUGAAAAAUAAAA